AAUAAUGCGCUCUCGACAUUAGUCAUUAACAUAUCGCCAAAAAGCUGUGCUUCCUGUGUUGUGGACCGAGCAGCAGCGCAAUGCGGAGAUGAAGGCGCUUCGCUGCUUCUGCUUCUGCGUGUGUUCUCUGCUUCUGCUGAAAGUGUCCGCGGGAUUCAGAGAUCUGAGGCGUCCUGAGAACGUCAGCGUCGACUCGCUCAACACCCGUUAUGUGCUGCGGUGGGACUGGCCUCAUGAGACCGCCGCCAACCAGACUGUCACCUUCACUGCACAGUAUCUAGAGGAGUUUCGGUCACGGAAGGCCAGUAAUGAGAAGUACUGGACAUCGGUGUGUGCCAAUGUUUUGGAGCAUCACUGUGAUUUCACUGGAGCUGAACUGCAUUACAAUGACUUAUAUCUGCUGCGUGUGUGGGCCAACACGUCUCAGCAGUCCCCCGGCUGGGUCCAGAUCAGAUUCUGUCCUGAUAAACACGCUGCUUUAGGUCCUCCCUCCAGCUUGAAGCUGAGCUCGGUUAAAGGAGAUCUAGAGAUCAUCAUCACUGACCCUCUGAGCAGCACUAACCAGUCCAUGAAAACUUUGCUGAACGACAGGUUGAGCUACCGCAUCCAGUACUGGAGGCGCUCUGAAGAGCCUCAGGUACCUGUGCACACUCGCGCCAAAAGCUCUCGUAUGGGUUUCAGCAGCGGCUGCAUGUGGAUACUGUCUGAAUGUGGCAUCUGCUGA